CGGAGGAGCUGAAGAUGUCUGCGUCCAUUGCUUCCUACGACCAGCUGGUCCGGCAGGUGGAGGCGCUGAAGACGGAGAACACACACCUUCGGAGGGAGCUAGAGGACAACUCCAACCACCUGUCCAAGCUGGAAAAUGAGACUUCGGAUAUGAAGGAAGUCUUGAAGCACCUCCAGGGAAAACUGGAACAGGAGGCCAAGCUGAUGGUUUCGUCGGGGCAGAUGGAAGUCCUGGACCAACUGAAAGCCCUGCAGAUGGACAUCAGCAGCUUGUACAACCUCAAAUUCCAUCCGCCGGCUCUUCUCCCCGAACCCAUAAGCCAGGAUCACAGCCCCGAAAGCAGUCCUGCCCACCCGGGCAACCUGCAGAGGAAAGACAGCAUGGGGGAACUCAGCCGGGCCACGAUCCGGUUCCUGGAGGAGCUCGACCGAGAGAGAUGUUUUCUCCUGACUGAGAUUGAAAAAGAGGAGAAGGAGAAAUUCUGGUACUAUACUCAACUCCAAAGCCUCUCCAAGAGGCUGGAUGAGCUCCCUCACGUGGAGACGUUCUCGAUGCAAAUGGACCUGAUCCGCCAGCAGCUGGAAUUCGAAGCCCAGCAUAUCCGCACCCUCAUGGAGGAGCGUUUCGGGACGACUGACGAAAUGGUGCAAAGGGCCCAGAUCCGGGCGUCUCGGCUAGAGCAGAUCGACAAAGAGGUGAUCGAAGCUCAAGAAAAGGCCCAGCAAUCGGAGCCGCAGCUCUGCGGGAAACUCUCCGGCCUGGAAGAGGAUGGUAGCUUUGAGAUUCCCACCCACCCUGAAGAUGGGAAUCACCAGGGCCAAAACAAGGUGGAGGUGGUGUUCUGGCUCCUCUCCAUGCUUGCCACCCGGGAUAAGGAAGACAUGUCCCGUACCCUGCUGGCGAUGUCCAGCUCCCAGGAGAGCUGCCUGGCCAUGCGGAAGUCAGGCUGCCUGCCCCUCCUCGUUCAGAUCCUCCACGACACCGACCGGGAGCCGGGGGCCCCUGAGAGCCCCGGAGCCGCCGGCAAGGACUGCCGCAUGAGGGCCAACGCAGCCCUGCACAACAUCGUCUUCUCGCAGCCCGACGAAGGGCAGGCCAAGAAGGAGAUGCGGGUGCUGCACGUUCUGGAGCAGAUCCGUUCCUACUCGGAGACCUGCUGGGACUGGCUGAAGGCGCACAGCAAGGAGGGAGCCAAGAUCCCCGAGGGGGGAGCAGGGCCCGUCCCCAUCGAGCCGCAAAUCUGCCAAGCCACAUGUGCCAUCAUGAAACUCUCCUUCGACGAAGACUAUCGCCGGGCUAUGAACGAGCUGGGCGGUCUGCAGGCUGUUGCCGAACUGCUCCAGGUAGACUACGAAAUGCACCGAAUGACCAGCGACCCCCUCAACCUGGCCCUGCGGCGUUACACUGGCAUGGCUCUGACAAACCUCACCUUUGGGGACGUUGUCAACAAGGCGACGCUGUGCUCCCGCCAGAGAUGUAUGCAGGCCAUUGUGGCGCAGUUGGCGUCUGAAAGUGAAGAGCUCCACCAGGUGGUCUCUAGCAUUCUCCGCAACCUUUCCUGGCGUGCAGACAUGAAUAGCAAGAAGGUCCUGAGGGACGUCGGCAGUGUCACGGGCCUGAUGCAGUGCGCCCUGCGGGCCAACAAGGAAUCCACCCUCAAGAGCAUCCUCAGCGCCCUGUGGAAUCUGUCGGCUCACAGUACGGAGAACAAAGCCGCCAUCUGCCUGGUGGACGGAGCCCUGGGCUUCCUGGUCAGCACCCUCACCUACAAGUGCCAAAGCAACUCGCUAGCCAUCAUUGAGAGCGGAGGAGGGAUCCUGAGGAAUGUCUCCAGCCUCGUGGCUACCAAGGAAGAUUACCGGCAAGUCCUGAGAGACCACAACUGCCUGCAGACCCUCCUGCAGCACCUCAAGUCACACAGCCUAACCAUCGUCAGCAACGCCUGCGGCACCCUCUGGAACCUCUCGGCACGCAGCCCCAAAGACCAGGAGCUCCUGUGGGACCUGGGCGCCGUCAGCAUGCUCCGAAACCUCGUGCACUCCAAACACAAGAUGAUUGCCAUGGGCAGUGCAGCGGCCUUGCGGAACCUCCUGGCCAACCGCCCCCCGAAGUACAAAGACGCCCUGGUCAUCUCGCCGGGGUCCUGCAUGCCGUCGCUGUACAUGAGAAAGCAGAAGGCGCUGGAGGCCGAGCUGGACACAAAACACCUGGCCGAGGCCUUUGACAGCCUGGAGAAGCAGACUCUGAAGACGCAGAACGCCAAAAAGCCCAUGCGCCACAUGGAGAGCUUGGUGAAAGACUACGCCUCCGAUUCGGGGUGCUUUGACGACGACGAGGGCCCCAACGCCUCCGAGACGGGGAACCCCUCCGUCCUCUCCGUGUUCCUGAACUCCUCCUUCCUCCAAGGGCAGGCGUUGCCGAGAGCCGGCACACCGCGGAGGUGCCCCGAGCCGGAGAAGGACGGGAGCCGGCAGGCGGAAGCCGCCCAGGUCGCCCCUUCGCGGCUCCGCCCGGACGAGGACGUCUCCGCGGCGGCCGAGGAGCUGGCCAACAAAAUCUCCACCGCCGUGGCCAAGAUCGACAAGCUGGUGGAGGACAUCUCCGUCCUGCACACGUCGUCGGACGACAGCUUCAGCCUCAGCUCCGAGGACCACUGCUUGGACUGGCAACUGGGGCUGGAGGAGGUUCAUGAGGCCCGUGCUCAGUCGUGCUCGCCGUGCCGGAUGUCGGACGCCAGCGGCUUUGCCAAGAGGGAAGGCCUGUGCCGUGCCCACACCCUCCUGCGGCUCAAGACGGCCUACACCAGCCUGUCCAACGACAGCCUCAACAGCGGGAGCACCAGCGACGGCUAUUGCACCAAGGAGCACAUGAAACCGUGCACCGGGACGACCUUCUUGGACUUUAAAGACGAGCUCCAUCGCUACCAGAAGCGGCCCAGCCGCCUGGACCUGAAAAACAUCUUGAGCAACAGGCCAGAGAAAGCGGAGGUGCCGGGGAUGAAACGUCAAGGAGCCGGCGAGGUGGCGGAGAAGCCGGAAAACCUCGGGAAGCUCCCGAAAGCAGCUGAUGCCGGGGUUCCUGAGAAGGAGCCAGAACCCCAAAAGAAAGUUCCGAGCAAUGAGCUAAACGCAGACCCCGAAGUCCACACAAUUAAGCUCUCGCCGUCCUACCAGCAUGUCCCUCUGGUGGAGAGCAUUGGGAAGGGUAGCUCAGCGCCCGAAACGGCAGGGCUGCAGGGAGCCGGUCUUUUCUACCCCAGCUUGUCGCUGAAGGCGAUGGAAAACCUGAGCAAAAUUCCCGAGAAGCUGUCCGCUCGUCCCCCGGCCCCCACGGGGCAAGAGCAGCUGCAGAAGUACUCCGUGGAAGACACGCCGAUCUGCUUCUCCCGCUGCAGCUCGCUCUCGUCGCUCUCCUCGGCCGACAACAUCCUGGACGGGCAGAGCCACAGCGAGAACGAGACGGACAGCGACUCCUCGCUGGAGAUCAUCGAGGUGGAAGAGGUGGCCGAGAUGGAGGAGUUGCGGAAGGGAGGGCAAGCGAGGCUGGGAGCGGAGCCUGCCCCAGCCGCCUCGCAGCCCAUCGCCAUCCCUUUCCCCAAGAAGGAGAAGAUCUUCCUCCGCGGAGCUUCGCCCUGCCGGCCGGAAGACCUGACGCCGUCCAGUUCCUCCGAGAACUACAUACAGGAGACGCCGCUGGUGAUGAGCCGCUGCAGCUCGGUCAGCUCGCUGGGCAGCUUCGAGAGCCCGUCCAUCGCCAGCUCUAUCCAAAGCGAGCCCUGCAGCGAGAUGAUCAGCGGCACCAUCAGUCCCAGCGAGCUGCCCGACAGUCCCGGGCAGACCAUGCCCCCCAGCCGCAGCAAAACGCCCCUGUUCGAGCACAGCGGUCAGCCAGAGAAGGAGGCGAGCCAGUUCAACAUCCAGUGGGAGAACAACGUCAAGAAGUUCAUGGAGAUCACGGAUUUCAAGGAGCGGUUCCAGGUGCCCCAAGACCUCGACUCCAUGGUCUACUUCACCGUGGAGAAGCCCAACGAGAACUUCUCCUGCGCUUCCAGCUUGAGUGCGCUUCCUCUCCACGAGCACUACGUCCAGAAGGACGUGGAGUUGAAGCUGAUGCCACCUUUCCCCGAGAGGAGUGGCGGCGGCCUGGGCUUUGCGGCGCACGAGGAAGAGAGGGCCAACGAGAGCCAGAGGAAGCCGGAGCGCCUCGAGCUGACCUCCGACGAAGACAUCGAGAUCUUGAAGGAGUGCAUCAAUUCGGCCAUGCCGUCCCGCUUCCGGAAAGUGAGGACGUCUCUCGUCUCCGGGUUUCCGGGCCAGGUUCUGAACCCUCAAACCAAGAAGCCGGUUCACCUCCCAGUUUAUAUGCUGGUCCCUGCCAGUUCUCACCUGGGUUUCCCUAAGCACAGGCGUACGGCAGCCACCACAAGGCCCAGCAAAGACUAUGUCGGCGACGAGGAUUCCUUCACUGACUCAGCGGAAGGGACUCCGGUCAACUUCUCCAGCGCGGCUUCCCUGAGCGACGAGACGCUCCAGUACCCGACGAAGGAGGAGGCGGACUUGAGGCGAUGCUCUGGGAAGAGGAGGGAGGCUCUGGGCCCACGUGGAUUAGGCCUCAAGAGGGAGGUGGCACAGGGUGAGGCGGGAGGCUUCCGGGCCGGAAGGAUAACCUCCAGCCAUUCCACGCCAACCAGGGUGGCGUCCGCGUACAAGCACAACACGGGUUCGAGCCACACCAGCCCGCUCCGCACAGGCCGGGCCCAGUCGGCCGAGUCCAAGCGAGGACACAUCCCCCUCAGGAACCUGGAGCUGACGCUCGUGAGGCAGGGCAGCCUGAGGGCCAGCUCGGAAGGCAGCCGUUCCAGGAAAGAUGCCCCUCGGGAAAACGGCAACGGCGACAUGGUCUUCCAGUCGCUGUGCCACACCACGCCGACCGAAGAGGCAGUCUAUUGCUUCUAUGAGAACGACUCAGACGACUUGGCGGAGCUCGGGGCAAGGCGUUCGCCCAGGAGGAAGGCCGGCGCACCCGGCAAAGGCCAAAGAAAGGAAGCUUGGGUCAAGAAAGAGGCCGAGUUUGCUUCCAGGCAGCCGCCGCCGAAAACCAAGAUGGCAGCCAAGCUGCGCAGCAACCUCAUUGCGGACGAGACACCGCCAUGCUAUUCCCUCAGCUCCUCCCUGAGUUCCCUGAGUGACGUGGAGCUGUGCCACACAGAAGGGAGGGGGCAGCUAUACGGCCGAGCCAAGCUGGCCUUGAGCCGGCGGCAGGAGAUGCGGGCAGCGCUGUCCAAGCGGAGGGGCAGCUCGGGGAGCUCCCUCAGCUGCGACUCGGAUGACAACUUGCUGCUGCCCAAGGGGGUCGGGUCAGCCGCACCCAAGAGGAGGAGGCACUCCGGGAAAAGGAAGCAGGGCGAGAAGGAGAGGAAGGGGCGGAAGGCCCACGAGCGGAAGUCGGAGGCCACGCCGGACGAAGCCGCCUCCGAAAGAGGCUCAGACCUGGACAGUGUGGACUGGAAGGCAAUCCAAGAAGGGGCCGACUCCAUUGUCACCUGGCUGCACCAGGCGGCCUCCUCCUUUGCCCGCGACCCGUCCUCGGAAUCGGACUCCAUCCUCUCUUUCAUGUCCGGCCUCUCGUCGGGAUCCACGUUGCAGCUGUCUCUGGAGAGGAAGGAGAAGAAGGCGGGCAGGAAGGAGAAGAAAGACCUCCCAAGGGCGUUCCAGGAUGGCAAGAAGGUGGUCGCCGCAGGAGGUGCCAGGGCCCAGAACAGCCGGGCGGAGAAAAACAUUCAGCAGAAGCCGCUCACCAACUUGCCGGUGGUCUUCCGAGGCCGGACGGUGAUCUACAUGCCGAACGUGGCAAAGGACUCACAGGCACAGAGCCCCAGAGCCGCCCCAAAGAAGACGGGACCCCCAGCGAAGCAGGAAGCGCCUGUGAAGAACCUCAGCCUGAACCAGCAGAGAUCUCGGAGCCUCCACAGGCCGGGGAAGAUCUCGGAGAUGGUGGACCUCACCUUGCCGAAACGGAGUGCGACUCCGCCGGCCCGGAUUACGAAAGCCCCUUCCUCGGGGUCUUCCCGGACGUCCACGCCAUCUCAGCCCAACCAGAAGAAGCUGACGUCCCCUUCGCAGCCGCCCGGCCGGCAGAUACCGUCUCGGGAAGCUGGGAAGGCAAACGGGAACGCCACAUCUCCCGGCCAGAACCCCAAGCCAGUGCAGAAGUCUCCCGUGCCCAAGCAACACAAGACCCAGAAGUCUCCUGUCCGCAUCCCCUUCAUGCAGAAGCCCGUGAAGAAAACGCUGCCGGCCAGGAGCGCCAUGCCUACGUUGGAGGAGCAGGUGGGGAGAGGCAGAGGGACGAGGCCCCAGACCGGCGGGAAGGCCGCCCUGCAAAAUAGCCACCUCAGUCUGGUGCGCAUGUCCUCGGCGAGGUCCACCGCCAGCGAGUCGGACCGCUCCGGCUUCCUGAGGCAGCUGACGUUCAUCAAGGAGUCAUCCGGCCUUCUCAUGAGGCACCGGGCAGAACUUUCAUCAGCACAGCCGAACUCGACGCUCUCCCCAGCCGCUUCGCCUCGGAGAGGCCGCCCCGGCCUUCCGCCCGUUUUCCUCUGCUCCUCCCGGUGCAACGAGCUCAAGGCAGACAAGCCCGUGGGGCUGAUGCAGCGGCCUGUCGUCCCGAGGGGGCCUCUGUCGAACCACAGGGUCCCCACGGGCAUGAGGCCUCCGAGGCGGACUAGCUCGGAAAGCCCCUGCAGGCUCCCGGUCAAAACGGGCCACGUCCCGCCGGAGCCUUUCAAACGGUACUCGUCGUCCCCUCAGAUCAACGUCGUCAAGAGGACGGGCAGCCCGGCCACUCCUGCUUGCCAAGAGCCCGCGAAGAAGAAGAGCGAAGAGGGGCCCAAACUACCCGUGGUGCCUCCUCUGGGAGCUCCAGGAAAGCAGGCCGAAGAGGCACAGCAGGCGAUGGUGAGGGGGACUUGGAAGCGUAUCCGGGACGAGGACAUCCCCCACAUCCUAAAGACCACCCUCCCUCCCACGGCCCUGCCGCUGGUCAGCACCUUGGAGGAGGAAGAGGCCCCCCAGGCCCAGAGGAAGACCAGCGACGCUGUCGUGCAGACGGAAGACUUCUCCGCCGCCAAAACCAACUCCAGCACCUCUCCGACGAUGGAGACCAAGCCUGCGCUCGCGUUCUCCUCGGAAGCGGGAGAGGCGGCCGGCGGUCCGAAUCCAGCCAAGGCCUCCGCGGCGGUGCCCAUCUCCUUCACGCACGAAGCGCCCGUCGGCUCCCUCGGGAACUUCCCCCCCAGCAGGCACAGCUCCCCGAGCCGGGCUGCCCGGGUGACCCCUUUCAACUACACGCCCAGCCCCAUGGCGGAGCCGGCGGACAACGACAAACAGAUCCAAAAAGUGCAGGUCUGAGCAGCCACCGGGCGCGGCCGUCGCACCUCUGUAUGAACACAGGAACUUGUCUCCGUUUGCUUUUCUUUC